GAAUUUUAUCAAGUUAACAGAAAUAUUCAAAAUGUUUGCCGUAUGUCUUGUAAUGUUUAUUAACUUUUCCAUAGUGACUGCAAAAGUAACAAGUUCACCUCCGGUGCUGAUUUGGGGAGUUGAUACUCCUAAGGCCACAAGCAUUUUUCGCCCUGUAACAAACUCACAGUUCUCUAAAAUGAUAAAAAAUAUGCAAAAGGACAAUAUGAUAGUAGUUUAUUUAGCCUCUGAGCUGGCCGCCAAGGAUAUAAACUGUGAUGUCUGCUUUCCAUAUUUGAGCAAGAUUCAUCCCAUGAAUUUCUACACUCAAGUGGAAGAGCCUUUAAAGGCGAUAAGGCGGGUCAGCAGAGCAACCGAAGAGAUUGUCUAUCACAACCCUAUAAUCUCGGAUAUCAGAAAGCUGGAACUGGAAAUGGAGCUGCCUUGCAAUAAGGGGCAGAUACACGCCUUCAACUUCAACGAUCGUAAUGUGCUUGCUCAUGACGCUGCCAUGGCGGUGGCCACUUACCAGUUCAGCGACUGUCCGGUGGUGCAUGUGUACACCGCUUACACGGAGGAGGACCGCUCCUACCAGCGUCGGAAGGCGUACAAAACCCGUCCUGUGCCCAUUCAAAUGGAUCCAUCGAAGGGCAUCGAUACGGAUAGUUCAGGGCCCUCCUUUAAUCAGAGCCUAGGAGAGCCAGAGUUCACGUACAACAUGGUUGAUAAUAUCACCGUUUUGAGGCACAAUAUGGUCAUCGUGGCCUUCAAGAGCAUCCUGAUGGCCACGAGGAUCGGGAAAGGAGUGCAGGUGCCCUACAACCGGACGCAAGUGUUCCUUACCGAGGGAGAAGGGGAGGUGCAGGUGGGUCUGCUGAAUGGCAGGGACAUCAAGCGGGGCAUUGUUGUGGUCAUGACCACGAACCUCAGUCCCUUAAUCCUGGAGUUGGUGCCCUCGCUCGGCAACUGGUACCUCACCCGCAUCAUCUUCGGUGGCAAUAAGACCUUCUAUCCCCGCGAUCGCAUCUUCUUCGGGUUCGACUUCAGCCUUUGCUGCUCGGACAUCACCGUCUUUGCCAGCGACACAGCGCGGUUGUCCUUCUUCGACUUUCACCUGGACAUCCUUUACCUAGAUAAGGACAAUGGCAUGGACUCGAACUACGAGGUGAAGCCCUGCUGGAGCUGCUCCGUAGUGCUGACGCCGGCCCUCUCGCAGACCAUAUUCGUGAUGCUGAUAAUCGUGUCCAUACUCUGCAUCGGCAUGGCGAUGAUCCUUUCGAUCGGCCAGAACAGGAUCAUGCUGAACGCCAACGAUCCCGAGCUGCACGUCAAGACGGACACGUAGAGGAGGCGCAACUGUGGUGGCGACCCUCGCCCACGCUCUUUGAUGCACAUGCGGCAUAGUCUACACAUUCUGCUAAUUCACUUGCUUACAAUUCUAAUCGCGUGGGGUCGCGGAUGGGGACGGCAUGGGGGUUACAGAUCGUAAUAAUAAUGUCAUUGUCGCGUUCUUUUA